AGGCUUUUGAAAAAAGACUUUGAAUAAAAAUAUUUCUAUUGUUUACUGCUUAAAGAGGUUGAGUGUGCUUCCCUAUAUCAGAAGAUAUUCUUGCCAACAGCCAUAAACUAAAAAGCAGGUUAGACAGUUCAUAUUGGGAUGUCCGCUCCCAUUAAAUUGUCAGUGAAGUUGAUAGAAGGAGAUAGUUCUUGGCGAGAUCUUCGAUAUGUGUAUUUUUCACCUGCCGCUUUAAAACGACUGGGAUUCGUCCAGAAGCAACUCGUUUCUAUAAAACAUUCGGAUGGUUCGUCAAUUGGUAUUGUUCAAGUCCCUCGAGGAGUAAAUUUGGGCCCCUAUGAAGUAGGAAUCUGCUCGCAGUUCGCGGAAUGGGCAAAUGUAAAGGUUGGCCAAAGGGUGAACGCCGUAAAAUAUGCUCAUCCAUUGAAGGACGUGGAGAGUUUAAAAAUAAUUUGUGGUCCAAAUUCUGAAGGGAAUCCGUUUUCGGAAUCUGAAAUCAAGAAGACUCUACUGGAAAUGCGUUAUGUGCAUCUGGGCAUGCUUUAUUCGGCACAAAGCACAAACUCUACUACAAAGGCAUUGGUACCAGGUUCAGUUCUUCCAUCAUUGAGUGAACAUUUAAGACACGGAGGUGAUAAUCUUCCACCGGGUUAUAUUAAAGUUAAUGAAAUUCAUAUUCGCUCUCCUAGCAACCUGUUGGAAGCAAUUUCUGAUCUUUCUUUGGAGGAACCUCGUCUUUAUCGGUUUACUGCGUCUUCUGAAAUGGAUGUUGAAGGUGCUUUACAAUCUGAUUUGUCUCAAUCGCAAACUUCACUGUCCUCAUCCGUUGUCGAAAGUUCUCAGAAUCAGCUGGAGACAUCCUCUUCGCCUGUAACAUUUUCCUCUAUUGGAGGUUUAGACCAUCAGAUACAACAAGUACGAGAUGUCAUAGAACUUCCUUUUCAAAAUCCUGAAUUAUUUGAAUAUUUUCAUAUUUCACCUCCAAGAGGUAUUUUACUAUAUGGACCUCCUGGAACCGGUAAAACUAUGAUUUUACGCGCAAUAGCCGCUGAAACAAAGGCACAUGUUUUCCGGAUUGAUGGUCCAUCUGUGGUAGGCAAAUAUAUGGGUGAAACUGAAGCUAGGCUAAAAAAGAUUUUUGAUGAUGCUCGUUCACAGCAGCCAUCUAUUAUAUUUAUUGAUGAAGUUGAUGCAAUUGCACCUAAGCGAACUUCUGAUAUAAGUGAAGCAGAAAGCAGAGCUGUUGCAAGUCUCCUAACAUUGCUUGACGGCAUGUCGAGUGCUGGUAAGGUAGCCGUAUUUGCGGCUACGAAUCGUCCAAAUUCUAUAGAUGAAGCUCUUCGACGACCUGGAAGGUUGGAAAAAGAGAUCGAGGUUGGAAUACCAGAUAAAAACGCUCGUUUGGACAUUUUAAAGUUGCUUUUUGAACAUGUUCCAAAUAGUCUUAGCCCUGAAGAAAUGGAAGAUUUGGCUGGUCGCACCCAUGCAUAUGUGGGUGCAGAUUUAACCGCCGUUGUUCGCGAGGCUGCUUUACGAGCAAUUAAAAGAACUUUAAAAAACCGAAGUGAGGCUGGUGAUACUAUAAUAAAGGAAAAUCCUGGUGCCGUGGAACUUGGUGAUGUAGAAGCAGCGUUAACCUCGGUGCGACAAAGCGCGAUGCGGGAAUUCAUCAUUGAGUCGCCCAAUGUGAAGUGGUCACAAAUAGGAGGCCAGGAAGAUGUUAAGCAAAAAUUAAAAGAAUCAGUCGAAUGGCCUUUGACGCACCCAAAAACUUUUGCUCGAUUAGGCGUUCGUCCCCCGAAGGGGAUUUUGCUGUACGGUCCACCGGGAUGUUCGAAGACGUUGACUGCGAAGGCGAUAGCUACUGAAACGGGAUUGAAUUUUAUUUCUGUCAAGGGACCUGAGUUAUUUAACAAAUAUAUUGGUGAGAGUGAACGAGCUGUUCGUCAAUUGUUUCAAAAAGCUCGCCAAGCAAGUCCCUCCGUCAUCUUCUUUGACGAGAUCGACGCCCUGACCGGUAGUAGAGGUGAGGACCACAGCGGAGAUCGAGUUGUAACGGCACUACUAAAUGAGAUGGAUGGUAUAGAGGCAUUGAAGAAUGUACUUGUUCUUGCAGCAACGAACCGGCCAGAUGUGAUUGACCCGGCUUUGAUGAGACCUGGAAGACUGGAUCGGCUAUUUUAUGUUGGACCACCUAAUCUUGAAGCACGUCGACAAAUUCUGUUGAUUCAAUCUCGACAAAUGAAGUUUAGUGAAGGUGUAGAUUUGGAGGAUAUUGCGCUACGUACGGAUGGUUGUUCGGGAGCAGAAAUAGUUGCUCUAUGCCAAGAUGCUGGGUUAGUUGCUAUGCAUGAGAAUGUAGAAGCAACAGAAAUUACACAAGCACAUUUUGAAAAAGCAUUGCUUGCACUCAGAAAGGGAAUUAGCCAAGGCAUGUUGGAUUUCUACAAACAAUUUGCUGAAGGUGUUUCAGCUAAGACUUCAAGUGGUUGAAGUAGUAGUUGGCAUUCCCAUUAUAGGAUUUAAGGAUAGAUGAUAAGUCUUAGGACUUUAUAUAGUUUUGUUUUUUGUUGGGUUCAUUGUUACGGGUCUCGAGAGGUGUAGGAAUAAUAUGUAUAUUAUAUCGUCUUAUUUGGGAUGGAGCACUAGAAGAAUGAGUAAGAUUAAAGUGAAUGAGACACAUUUACAUUUUUUUACACUACUUCUUUAUUUAUAAAGUUGCUCUUUUUCUUAAGCACAAACGAAAGUUGGUUUCAAUAUCAUUUGGCUUUACCUAUCAUAACAAGUGUCAUUAAUUAAUGAAGGCUGCGUUUCUUAAACGAAUCGUGAAGUCAGUCGGAUAUUUUUUAUAAAUUGGCCAACAAUGAUGCGACGGUUGUUCUGGAGUCAUGUUUAUAUUUUGAAUCGGCUUUGAAUUUUGCUGAAAGCUUCUUCAGGAGAGGAGGAGCUGUCUUUGAUUUCCAUAACUGCCUUCAUGGCAUUACCACCGGUAGCAUCGUUAAUUCUGUUCAUGAUAGCCAUCUUUUGUUUGGUAUCUCCGGGAAUCACAUCGUUGAUUUUCUUCAUAGUUUGUGCUUGCUUAACAUCUGAACUGGCAUGAGAUGCGAAUCCCAUAGGAUCGUCAGCAAUUCCACCGCCGCCAGAGCUGCCUUUAGAUCCUCUAAGGUUCAAUAGAUUUUGCAUGUUGAGUACCAAAAGAUUUCAAUAAAAGUAUUUAGAUGUUGAGAAUGUAGAGCCAUCUGGUAUUUAUACCACAGAGACCAGGUAUUAUUUUUUUUUGACAUCAUGCUUUAUAGGAUGAUUUAAUAUGAUGAGUCCGUGA